GUUGCGUAAGGGGCUGCAAGUAUGCAUUAGACUUGCGUGCGGCGGCACUCACAAAACCUAAACCCUAGUGACCCCUCUCCGGUAGCACCUUACGCAAGCGGAGAAAGCCUAGUGUCGGGGAAGAAGAAGAAGAAGGCAGAGAAAAGAUGCCGAACCUGGAGUGCCGUAUGUACGAAGCCAAGUACCCGGAGGUGGACAUGGCGGUGAUGAUCCAGGUGAAGCACAUCGCGGACAUGGGCGCGUACGUGUCCCUCCUCGAGUACAACAACAUCGAGGGAAUGAUCCUCUUCUCCGAGCUGUCGCGCCGACGCAUCCGCUCCGUCUCCUCCCUCAUCAAGGUGGGGCGCCAGGAGCCCGUCAUGGUCCUCCGCGUCGACCGCGACAAGGGCUACAUCGACCUCUCCAAGCGCCGCGUCUCCGAGGAGGACAUCCAGGCCUGCGAGGAGCGCUACAACAAGAGCAAGCUCGUCCACUCCAUCAUGCGCCACGUCGCCGAGACCCUCGACCUCGACCUCGAGGACCUCUACGUCCACGUCGGCUGGCCCCUCUACCGCAAAUACGGCCACGCAUUCGAGGCAUUCAAGUUGAUUGUGACGGACCCUGAUUCGGUUCUCGAUCCGCUGACGCGAGAAGUGAAGGAAGAUGGGCCUGAUGGGCAAGCGGUCACUAAGGCUGUGCCGGCAAUGACGCCGGAAGUUAAGGAUGCGCUGGUCAAGAAUAUCAGGAGAAGGAUGACACCGCAGCCUCUGAAGAUACGUGCGGACAUCGAGAUGAAAUGUUUUCAGUUUGAUGGAGUUCUCCACAUCAAGGAGGCUAUGAGGAAAGCAGAAGCUGCUGGUAGUGAUGAUUGCCCUGUAAAGAUCAAGCUGGUUGCUCCUCCCCUCUAUGUCCUAACCACGCAGACUCUAGACAAGGGUCCCAACCUCCACUUCUCCUUCGUUGUUGCUGAAGUUCUACCCAUGAUGUACUGCCCUCGUCGAUCGUGGAUCCUCUGCAAUCGUGUGAUCGGUGCACUUCUUGAUAAAGGAAUAUCAAUUCUUACUAAUGCUAUUAAGGCUUGUACUGAAGAGAUAGACCGUCACAAGGGAAAACUUAUAGUAAAGGAAGCACCGAGAGCUGUGAGUGAACGGGAUGACAAGCUACUAGCUGAGCACAUGGCAAAAUUGCAGUCAGCGAAUGAGGAGGUGGAUGGUGAUGAAGGGAGCGAGGAGGAGGAGGAGGAGGAAGAUACAGGAAUGGGAGAAGUUGACGUUGAGAACUCUGGUGUUGGCAUGGCCGAUUAAAGAUAUGAACUAACCCAUCCAGAUCGUGCAAGUCGCCUCGCCUAUUUGAGGUCAAAUGUAUAGCACCGGCUAAAAGUUAAAAAGAAGUGCUAUUACUCCUUUCUCAAUCAGUGACAAGUACUAUAUGUUGGAUUUGAUGGUAAGGCUCCUUGUGUCCUUAUUUUGUUAACUAUCGUGUGCAAGUUUCGGAGAUUGUAUGGCAAUUUUGAUUGCUCUCAAAUCUAGAGAAGCUUACUUUUGCAACCAUGAUUUGUUGAAUGGUUGUCGUUUUUGCCCUAUAAUAGAAACGCACAUUGAGGAUCAUGAUGGCCUAGCUACUAUUUUCAUGAAAUUUCAGUGCGCCUGGUACUUUGAUUA